UUGACAUUUGUUUUCUACUGCUUUUGUUUUAUUUGGAGUAUUGAUAGUUGAAAAGAACCAGUCUACCAAACAAAAGAAAGGUUAUAGGCGACUGUUCUAAUAAUAAUGGUGCCUUUAAAAUCCACAAGGAUGGCCCGAAAGUCGUUAGGUUAAAGUGGAAAAGUAAUCCUCUGUAACCCUCGUGAUAAAAAAAGUUGGAAACUUAGUUCUAGGAUGAUGAAUUUGGAUACCUUUGAGCUUUGACUUCUCAACAGUACCACAAUGGGUAUAAUAAUCUUAUCACAUUUAGGGCCAAAUCCAAGGCCAUUUCGAGGGGCCAACUACGUCGGGAGUGCGGUUGAAUAUCACCUUGUGGUGCAGUUGUACUUGUUACUUUCUUCCUAGGGAGACUGGACCUUAGGACAGUCAAAUUUUUUAGUGUAAAAAUGAAAAAUUUUACUGUCACAAUGGAUAUCAUUUUAAUCUGUCUCUCUAAAUCCAAAUGGAUCGUUAGACAAUAAUUGCAACUGUUAUAGUCAAUUAGGCAUGCUGAAUAAGCAAAUUUAAUUGUAUGAUCAAGGUCAUGGUACCAAUGGUUAAAUUUAGGUAGGGGUUUUAGAUUUCAGCUAUUGUCUUUUCUUGUAUGAUAAUGAUCAUGGCAGCUAAUGGGAAAAGUCUGAUUCCAGCAAGGUGAUAGAUCAUUGAAAGUAUAUCUUCUUUUUAUGGUAUAUAUCUUUUGGAUUUAGUCAGAGAAAAUAGGAAAUGGAACCAGAUGCUUAACAAAAAAACUUACCCAAAUUCAUGUGCUUGAACGAGCUUGGUAUUUAAGCUCCUCUUCUUUCAUUUUCGUUCUAUACAAAUUGAGGUCCACACUCUCUGGUCCUCUUCAACCAAAAGCUGUUUUGCCAAAGCAAGACGGAAGCAAAUUGCAGAACUUGUUAAAAAGGCAAAAAAUCUUUCUAAAUAAAGUAAAUGAAAUAAAAUAACCUGAAAUGUCAGUUAAAAUUUACAAAAAUUGGGAAUUUAGCUGUUCUCAAUGCAUUUGUGCUCCAGUUAAACAGUUUUAAUGAAUGAGUCUUGUGACCAUGAAAAGGAAAAAAAAACUGUUAUUUGAUCAAAGAAUCACACUUAACAGUUAAACAGUCUUGAAAGAGAGAGAUAGAGGGUGUGAAUUGAAUGAGACAGAUAGAGAAAAGACCCAUAUCUUGGGAACUUUACAGUGGAUCCACAGAGCAGACAAGAUACGUCUCCCACCACUAUCAUCAAAUAUUAUAUGAGCCCACGUGAUCUUGACACAUACAAGGAUCCACAAGCCACUCCCUUUGCGUAAAGACAUUGCCAGUUCCAUUUGUUCAAGGGAAUGUCACUGUUUAAUGUACUGUAAGUAAUGAAGAAAUGCCAUCAAUUUUGUUUACCAAACGCUUCAAAUCUUUUUUGUCUGUUUUUGCUGAGUUUCUAGCUUCUAGCUACAUGGGGUAAAAAUGGUGUGGUCAUCUUCUUUUAGUUUGGUUGUCUGAAAAGAUACACAACGUAUUUGUGGAUAAAAUUCUUUAAUGUGAAUUAUUUUCUGGUGUCUCGGAUCUGUAUUCUUAAAUCGUAGAAAAUCUGAUCUUCCAUUGUAUAUAUUGCAAAGUUCAUGAACAGUGCUUUAAUUUGCCAACAAGGGUAUUGCUUCUUCUUGUGGCUUUUGCUUGUCUAUGCUACUAGUUUUGGUAGAGAGGUCUGCAUCAAGGUCUUGGAGCAGGAGAUAUUUUGUAUGCUUCUAAUGUUUGAUUGGUGGAAUUGGGGAUCAAUAAGACAGGUAGGGAAGGCCAAAUUGAAGUUUGAUUUGGUUGGAUAUCCUGGAUACAUAAGAGCAGCAUAGAAGUUGCAAACAACCGAAUAGUUUGCUUCUUUUGGCUAUGACAUCAACAGGUCAUUUUAACUGUAAUAGGGCUAAUUAAUAUUUCUCAGUUUAUAGUUCAAGGGUCUUUUGUUGCAAUUGAGAUAUUUUCCAAGUGUUCGGCAAAUCUGAGUUUGUUUCAAGUUUGAGUUGCUUGGAUGAGUUUAUGUGAUUUACAGCUUUGUUGAUGUUCAUGUUCUGGAGAGAUUAUUCAUAUGUUUAUGAAUUCAAACACUUCAGUCUUAUCUGAAAGAUCUGGUUAGUUCAAAAUGAGUAGCAGUAAGACAAUAGUCUGGCUUAGGAGGGACCUCAGGAUUGAUGACAAUCCUGCUUUAGCUGCUGCUGCAAGGGAUGGUAGUGUCUUUCCUGUUUAUAUAUGGUGCCCUAAAGAGCAGGGCAAGUUCUGCCCAGGUCGAGUAUCACGAUGGUGGCUAAAGCAAUCUCUUGCUCAUUUGGAGCAGUCCUUGAAAUCUCUUGGGGCUGAGCUUGUGCUGAUAAAGACUCAAAGUACUCUUUCAGCUCUUUUAGAUUGCAUCAACGCUACUGGUGCAACUAAAGUAGUAUUCAACCAUCUUUAUGAUCCUGUUUCGCUGGUUCGUGAUCAUAGUGUCAAAGAGAAACUGGCUGAAGUUGGCAUUUCUGUGCAGAGCUAUAAUGGAGAUUUGUUGUUUGAACCAUGGGAGAUAUAUGAUGAGAAGGGGCAAGCUUUUACGACCUUUGAUGCGUAUUGGGACAAGUGCAUGAACAUGCAGACGGAACCCAUUUCACUUCUUCCCCCAAGGAGAUUGGUGCCAGCUUCAGUGACAGGGACAGUAGAAAGGUGCUCUAUUGAAGGUUUGGGCCUUGAAAAUGAAUCAGAAAAAUCUAGCAAUGCCUUGUUAGGAAGAGGAUGGUCUCCAGGUUGGAGCAAUGCUGAUAAGGCUCUAACUGAGUUUGUUGAACAUAAUCUAUUUGACUAUUCAAAGAUUAGGCUUAAAGUUGGGGACAACUCCACAUCACUUUUGUCCCCAUAUCUGCAAUUUGGAGAGCUAAGCGUGAGGAAAGUUUUCUGGUGUGCACGGAUGAAACAGAUUCUAUGGAGAAGAGAACAGAACUCUCAAGGGGAAGAGAGUGUAACACUUUUUCUGAAGGCCAUUGGACUUAGAGAAUACUCCCGUUAUCUUUGUUUCAACUUUCCAUUCACUCAUGAGAGAUCAUUGUUGAGCAACUUGAAGUAUUUUCCUUGGCAUGCUGAUGAAAACCAUUUUAAGGCUUGGAGACAAGGUCGGACUGGAUAUCCGUUGGUGGAUGCAGGAAUGAGGGAGCUUUGGGCAACUGGUUGGAUACACAACAGAAUAAGAGUGAUUGUUUCAAGUUUUGCAGUGAAGUUUCUUCUUCUUCCAUGGAAAUGGGGAAUGAAGUAUUUCUGGGACACGCUUCUGGAUGCAGAUUUGGAAUGUGAUAUUAUUGGUUGGCAGUACAUUUCUGGGAGCUUACCAGAUGGUCAUGAGCUAGAACGAUUAGACAGCCCACAGAUUCAAGGAUCCAAAUUUGACCCAGAAGGUGAAUAUGUAAGGCAAUGGCUACCAGAGCUAGCAAGGAUGCCAACCGAGUGGAUCCAUCAUCCUUGGGAUGCACCUCUUACUGUGCUCAAAGCUGCUGGUGUAGAGUUGGGCUUAAACUAUCCAAAACCCGUAAAAGAUAUAGAUACAGCUAGGGAACAUCUGACAGAAGCUAUAUUUAAAAUGUGGGAAAUGGAAGCAGCUGCAAAGGCGGCCACCUCAGAUGGGAUGAAUGAAGAAGUUUUUGAUAAUUCUGAUGGAAGAGAGCAAAAUAUGUGGAAGAAGAAAGGUUGCAUGCAGAUAAACUGAAUAAUCUCAAUAAAGAAGCAGGGACAUCUGGAGGAGAAGACUUAUGCUCGACAGCU